CCCGCCGCCGUCCCCAUGGCAGCCCGCCGCGGCCCGCACGUCAUCAGUCUCCACGACUCCGCCCCGGCGCUCCUCGGCCGCGCGCCGCAGCACCAGCAGCCCGGCGCCGACCACCGCGCCGAGUCCCCGCACGGCGCCCUCCUCCCCAUCCCGCGCGGGGGCCCCGCGCCGCACCCCGCCGUGGCCGCCCUCGAGGAGCGCAUCAUCUCCAGGGACGUCGACAUCCAGGAUCUCCUCGUCGACAACCAGCGCUUCGCCGCCACCCACGUCGCGCUCCAGCAGCAGCUCAUCUCCGCGCAGCACGAGCUCCGCGCCGUCUCGCUCGCCGGCAACAAGGCCCGCUGCGAGCGCGAGGACGAGGUCUGCGCCAUCGCCGGCCAGGCCGCGCGCAUCGAGGCCGAGGCGCUCGCCAUCGCCGCCGCGCGCGCCGAGGUCGACCAGGUCCACGCCGACGUGCGGGUGCUGGCCGGCUCUCGCACCGAGCUCAUGGAACGCGUCCGCGUCCUCCGCGAGCAGGUUGGGCGCGCGCAGAGCGAGGCGGCCAAGGCCGAGAACGUCCGUAUGCAGAUCGAGACCAUGCGCAGGGAGAUCCAAAAGGGCAGGGCUGCGGUUGAAUUCGAAAAGAAGGCGCAUGCUGAUAACCUUCAACAAAGUAAAGCAAUGGAGAAAAAUAUGAUUGCUGUGGCUAGUGAGAUUGAGAAGCUUCGGGGUGACCUUGUAAAUGCUGAAAAGCGGUCCACUGCUGUCACCACAGCACCAGCUGUAGCUAACCCUGGGUAUGCUGCUCCAUAUGGCAGUACAGAUGCAACAUAUGGCACCGCAUAUGGCAAUCCUGAGGCAGCAUAUGCUGCAACAUACGGCAGUGCUGAGGCAACUUAUGCUGCGACAUAUGUCAAUUCUGAUGCUUAUAGCACGAAUCAGGCUCAUGCUCGCACUGAUGGCAAUCCUCAUUACAUGGCUCAACCGGUCCACUAUGCGCAGUAUGAUGGGCAGCAGCAGCAGCAGCAGCAGCAACACACCAACGUGCAAAGAUGAAUGCUGACUGAGGGUAUCUUUGACCUGGUGUGCGAUCUUCUUAGGCUUCUCCAGUGUAAACGGGUAGAUGCAGGAUGCACCGAAUUAUGGUAGAUAGAGGGAUUCAUCGCAUGGAAGCGCUGAAUAUGUUGUUAUAC